AUGGCAAAGAGGAAAGGGAUGCCGAAAGACCUGCAGUCCGUCAAGCUGAAGCAGGGCGAAACAGCGUUCCGGUCAGCCGACCUGGGCUUUAGCGGUUCUCUCCCGGCCAUGGUGUGGCGAGACAAGCGCAACAUCCGUAUGCUCUCCACCAUGCAUACGGCAGACAUCCGUGGCUCCUGCAAGCAAGACAGGACAGGGCAGGAAAAGCAGAAACCGACCUGUGUCAUCGAGUACAACACCCUGAUGGGGGGCGUUGACAAGAGCGACCAACUAGCAGCAAAUCAUCCAGCAACUCAUAAGUCCCUCAAGUGGUACAAGAAGCUCCUCUUCUCCCUGCUCAACUUGACGCUGGUGAACAGCUAUGCCGUGUACCUGGCCAUUGGUCACCACCUCUCCUUCCUCGACCGCUUGAGUCUUGUCCGUGAGCUGCUGUUUGACGAGCCCUUGCCCGAGUACCGCCCUCAGCACGAUACUCCACCAGUCAACAACUCCGGCUUUGUCGGCCGACACUUCCCCGUGGACUUUGAGAGGACCAGUUAUGGCGACUUCCGCCACCGGCGGUGUGUCCUCUGCACUUCCCGUGGUCUGCGAAAGAAGACACACUUCGAGUUCGAGUGCGACACGUGCCACCAGCCCCUCUGCGUCGCCCCCUGCUUCAAGGAGUACCGUACUGUCCACUAA